GUACCUAUCACACUCAGUGUUCACGCACUCUCCCGGGUCACAGCAGGAUGUUUAAUGCUACAGUAGCUGUGUCGAACCUGGAUAUAGAGAGCAAGCUGUCACUUCACUAUCAGGCUCCAUGGCACCAGCAACACAACGUGUUUCAUCCUUGUACCCGACCACCAUGUCUGGAGGAACUGCACAGAAAUGCUCAGCUCAGUCUCAGAGCUCUGCACCGAGACGAACAACAGCGCCACCGCUCCACAAGUCGGGAGAGAAACAGGGUGACCAUCUCGAUCUCAGUGGCUCCCCCUAUGCCCACCUUCCCCUCACCACACUCUAUCCGCCGGCAACAGAGGAGUCGCCUGGCACGAGCGCAAGAGAGAGCAGAGAGGGAGCGAGAGUUAGACUAUCAACCCAGGAAGGAGAGGACUGUGAGAGAAACAGAGAUCCAGACCAUACAGAGAAAAGAAAGGUCUGGGAGAGAGGCAGAUAUUCAAACGAUCCAAAGAAAGUUUGAGUGCUUUUACUCACUUCACCCUAUUGAAGGUUGCAUCUUCAUUCCAUGGAGUAGAAAGGCUACCUCAACAGCGGAAGGUGAAGGUGGAGAGGUCCUGGGAGUCCACAGAGCAAAGGCCUCCGCCCCCAAUGCCCCCUCGAUCCAGGAUAAACAGACAAACUGGUCCAAGGAAAACCUCCCACCUUCAGAUCCGAAGACGACUGCCGAUCCUCACGCCAUCUCCUCCUGCAUCAUCCCCAUCAAUGUCACAGGAGUUGGGUUUGACAGGGAAGCAAGUGUUCGUUGCUCUCUAGUCCAUUCCCAGUCAGUUCUUCAGAGGAGAAGGAAGCUGAGGAGGAGGAAGACUAUCACAGGAAUACCCAAAAGAGUACAACACGACAUGGACUCAGAUGAAUCACCCGUAGCAAGAGAGCGCACAGUGAUCAUCCAUGCCAACCCGCACCAACUCUCUCUCUGUCAGGAAGACCUCUCAAUCAGCGGUCGCCUCCAUCACACUCGUGACUCUGGCUGCCAGACAGAUGAUUUCCUUAUAGCAUGUACAGCUGCUCCCUCCAGAAGGCGCAUCAGAGCUCAACGUGGCCAUCAGGGAAUCCCUGCCUCCCUGUCCCAUUCAACAGGCAACAUUUCAUCCCUGGGUGACCAGUCAGACUCCACAUACACCAGUGCUGCAGCCCAUGGUGGACGCUUAAGAUCUCGUAGCCUACCUCGAGAGGGUGGACGUCUAAUGGACAGUGAUGAGGAUGACGAUGAUAAUUAUGAUGAUGAUGACGAAGACGAAGAGUUGUCACCAUACGAAGCAGAGGACUUUAUUCCACCUGGCCCUAGUCCAAGAAUGAAGAUGAUGAUGAUGAAGGAUGAAGAAGAGAGCACAGAUGACCAGGCAGCUCCUGAGCCACUGCAACUUGGAACCCUUAAAAGGUUGCAGAGAUCUGGGGAAAGAGACAGAGGGGGUGGAGGAGGAGGGAGCCCAGAGCAUAGCUGGAUGGAGAGGGGCCGUUCUCGCUUGCCCCGCAAGACUGACAUGGGCAGCUGUGAGAUCUCUUCGAGUUCAGAUACUUUCAGCAGCCCUAUUCACUCUGUGUCUACAACAGGAGUUCUAGGCAGCCAUGUGGACCACAAAGAAGACCACCAGUCAUCGAGCGGGAACUGGAGUGGUUCUAGCUCCACCUGCCCCUCUCAGACAUCUGAAACCAUCCCCCCACCCUCGUCUCCACCACUGACAGGCUCAUCUCACUGCGACUCAGAGCUGUCACUCAACACUGUGCCCAAUGCCAUUGAUGAGGGAUUCUCCCUGGAUCCCUCAUACCACUCUGACCUCAGACCCCAGGGCCAGGGUCACAGGUCAAGCUCAUUCACAUCCUCAGCCACAGACCAGCUGGAUGAUGCAGGGGUCAGUACGGCCAGUGAGGGGGAGUGGACAUACCCUCCAGACCAAGACCAGACUGAUCCAGACCAAGACCCUGACCAGACCCAAAACCUGAGCCAUAGCCAUGGGUUAGCCCAGGAGUACGGCUCCAAACAAGGUCUGGAAGACCAAACCUGUUUCAGUGACAAGACCAGCAACACUGAAAAAGAGCCUGGCUCUCAUUACCCAUCUGAUACAGAGGGUUUCUACUGUUCUUCUGUGCAUUUUGGGGAGUGUAAUCAGAGUUACAGAGGAUACAUGUAUAACUAUGCAGACCCAGGGCCAGACUGUGGCCAAUCCAACACUGUGGCAGCACCACUAUCCCAUGGAGUUUAUCCCCAACCCACAGCUGGCUUCAGAGCAGGCACUAUGACCCUGGGGAGGACCUUUCGUCCGCUGAGGAAACCAAAAGUCAAACCUCCACCACCCAAACGGACCUCCUCGCUGAAGGAGACCAGUAGUAGUGUUGAUGUUGGAACGGACACACAAGCAGAUCAGGAUCAACCAAAGACGGUUAGUGAACAAGAGCUUACCUUGUCUUCCACAGAUAUUAAGCUGGAACUGGAGCUAGAGCUUGGAGUUGCUCCAGAACCAUUACAGACAUCUUGUCUAGUGGCAGAGCCUUUGGGAACUUGGGGAAUGGGACUGAGUGAAACUGUGGACAUAGUAGAGCCCAUGUCCUUCAGCUCUGCUGAUACACACUCAUUUAAGGAUGAAGGUGCUGUGCAAUCUGACUAUGCAGACCUGUGGCUUCACAACACUGAGCUGAAGUCCAACAAUGGUGAGUACACGUCCAUGUCCAACUCAAGCACAGCCACAGGCACUACUGUCAUGGAGUGUAUCAAAUCACCAGACAGCUCUUCCUCCUCUACAGAAACCCAAACCCAGGCCAAUACCCAGGCUUCAGAGACCAGGGCCUCUAGUCCACCACUCCCACCUGGAGAUUUCAAACUUGGGUCACCAGAGAAGCUGGCUGGCCUGGCCUCACCAUCAAGUGGAUAUUCCAGCCAAUCAGAGACUCCAACAUCCACCUUGCCCUCAUCUUCGGCAGCAUUCUUCCCAGGACCUCUGUCUCCCUCAACUGGCAAGAGGAAGCCCAAAGUGCCCGAAAGGAAGUCUUCUCUCUCUUCCCUGCAGCACUUUCCCAGAGAUGGAGCUUCCAUUUCCUCUGGCUAUAAGAGAGACCCUGACUUCCCACCUCCACCUUCUCAACUUGAUCUCAAUGUUCUUCAUGGUGGUUAUGUCAGACACACACUAUCUCACCGGACACACCACAUGCACACACUCCACCACAGCAAACACAGAGUUGCAAACGUUUUAGCCAUAGGACCAAAGUUGUUGGUCCCCGAGGCAUCAAAUACCAACCCACCGCCGAGUUCAAACUCUGCUCCAACAAUUCCUAGCUCCCAUCUGUUAGCGAUAACUCCAUCUGCUCUUCGUUCAGUGCAGCUCCAUUCUAUUAGCCUAUCUACAGAUAAUACUACCACUAUAGACCAGGAAACAGCAAGUGUAGCAGAGACCGCUACAAGACCCAAAUGUCCUCCUAGUGGUUCUACUCUGGCUCCACCACCUAUAAACACUAGGCCUCUCCCUCCUCGCAGGCCACCUCCCAGACCUCCAGCACAUGACCACAUCUCCUCCCCUGAACAUUUGCAACCACCUCCCCCUGGCCGCCACCCUGAUGGGCCGCCAUCCUAUGAAAGCCUGCUACUCAGACAGGACCGCUAUGGACCUGGAACCUUCUGGGCUAUGACAGCCUUCAGAACCCGGAUGGAUCCAUUAUCAGAACUCUCCGAUGACAGCUCACCCUUGCAUCGGCCCGUGCCACGUGCUCCCCACCCUUCGCCUGUGGAUUUACACACGCAUAUCCACUCGCACACAGAGUUCAGAGGGCUCACGCACUCAGCUCAUGCACACUCUGAGUUUAGGGUUUUGGGAGAGCGCUCAUUCUCCCAGGAUGAUGAUGAUGAUGACGAGGAAGAGGAGGAAGAGGAGGAGCAGUUGAAAGAGCCACAGAGGGCUGCAUGUUCCAGAGGAGGCAUGCGAUCGGACCACCCUCCACCCCCAGCAUAUGAGUUUGCUGGGGGAUCCCACUCAGACUCAGGGCCCUGGGCUAGUCCAGUCAAAGUGCCUGGUACCAAAAUGGAGACAUCGCAUCCUUACCUAAUCAGCGAUGCAAGGAAAGGUAGACAAGAAGAGCAGGAAGAAGAGGAGGACGUGACAUCAGGUGCUACCAGAAGUGCCCAUCAGCAGCAGCUACAGGACAGCAAAGAUGACUCCACCACUCCUGACACUGAGGAUUACUUCAGUAAAGAUUCCACACCGAGUGAUAAUUCGCUCUCCCCUCUGACGGAUGACACCAAAGUGGAUGAUGACAUUAUUCUCACAUCACCCAACAAGACCCGUACAACUGAGGACCUGUUUGCCAUGAUACACAGAUCGAAGAGAAAGGUCCUGGGCCGUAAAGAUUCAGGAGACAUAAACGUGAAGUCUCGUCUCUGCCCUACAGCACCAGUAACCCCUGUCUCUGCCGUCAUCAUCCCACCAGCCCCUCCUCUCAACAUCCCAGCCCCAUUAGCCACUGUUGCUGGGUCACAACGAGCCCCUGUGCCAAUCUACCGCAGCGCCAAGAAAUCCAGUACGUCUAAUGAGGAGUUUAAACUCCUGUUGCUAAAGAAAGGUAGCAGGUCUGAUUCCAGCUACCGCAUGUCAGCUACAGAGAUUCUGAAGAGCCCUAUCACCCCUAAAACUCCUGGGGAGUCCCUUCAGGAAGGGUCUAUAAGACAGACUGAGGAACCAUUCUCUACACUUCAAGAGACUCCCAUUUCUGGUCUGGAUCCAGUCCACAUACCAGGCCUUUUUCCCAGGGCCAACUCUGAGAGUUUCACCCCCAAAACCCUGCCUAUGUCAGCUGCAUCUCGACAAGGACGUUCUCGGAUCCCCCCUGUAGCCAACAGCAGUCGCUACAGUACACGUAGCCGUCUCUACACAGCCCCCAUGCAAGCCAUUUCCGAAGGUGAGACAGAGAACUCAGAUGGGAGCCCCCAUGAUGACAGAUCAUCCUAAAACCAUACGAUGAGAGAUGUCCUCUAUUCUUAGCUGUGUCCUACAUUUGAAAUGGCCCCUUCAACUUUUCUAAUUUUGGAUCGGUGUGUCAUCAAGGCCAAUAGUGUAAUUCUUCAGAUCUUCUUCUUCACAAGAUCUGACUGUUGCUAAACAGCACCCAUUUUUGGGUCUACUAUUAUAUUUGAGGGUGUCAAACAAAGUGUUGUGAGAUGCUGAAUCAUAAAGGGAUGAUAAAGAAAACUUUGAGGAUAUACCUAAAUACUGCAUUAUCAAAAGAAUAGCUCCCUCACACAGUAGUUAAAGGAGCAACACAUAAGACCUAUUUUGAAUGAACUGUCUUUUUUUAAAUAAAAAAAAAAAAAACAGUCCC